CAGUAAUCAAAAUUGUGAUUACUGUACUACUGUACCCAAGGAGGGGAGGCGUGGCUUCUUAUUUUUUAUACUUUACAAUGUUUUUCUCCAUUUGAUGAAUGAAAUAUCGUUAAAUAAAUCAUGCCUAAUCUAUGUGAGUCAUGUGGGUUUCUAGUUGGAGCGUGUAGGUUGUGUUUUUAUACGUGUAGCCAAGCAAUCUGUUGCAGGAAACCACCUGUCAGUAGGCCUGAGUUCGCAGCUGUCUGCUUAGGGCUGUCAAAUGUUGGAAAGACAACCAUUCUAACAAAUUUAUGUGGGGAGGAUGAAAGUUCAAUAGUGCCAACAGUAGGUUUUAGUAUCAAGGCUGUCGGAUUUAAUGAUGCCAUUUUAAACAUCAAAGAAUUAGGAGGUGCUGAGAAUAUUCGUCAGUACUGGAAUCGUUACUACGAUGGUGCUGAGGCUGUUGUCUUUGUGAUUGACUCUGCCAGUGCUGAGGACAAUAUGCAGCAAAUAGCAGAUGAGAUGAAGGCUGCCCUCUGUCAUAACCACUUGAAAGGUUUGCCUCUACUGGUGCUUGCUCAUUGUCAGGAUAAAGAUGGAGCCAGAGGCAUUGAAGAGAUUACUGAAUUACUUGAUCUAGAGAUGAUUGGUGAAGGACGCCAGUGGAUUGUUCAUGCGAGUUCGAUCAACGACAACUCAACAAUUCGAGGGGGUUUUACAAAACUCAUUCAUUUGCUCCUUGGUACCGAUGAAGUUGAUUCAAAUCGUAUAUGAACCCUUUAGACACUUUAAUAUUCAAUUUUAAAAAACCAAGUGACUGUUUGCCAUUGUAUUCAGAUGUUGAAAUGUAAGGCUGAAGUAAAAGGUAGAUUGUGACAAAUUAUUUGGGUAAGCAAACCGUUGGUUGGAAGUCCUUUGGAAUUUUCAGCUGUGGGUAAAGAAGAUUAUCUGUCCGUAAUGGAAUAU